CGCUGCAUCCCGGGCCUCGGGCCGGGCUGACGCCCCCGCGGCGCUUCUCCCACGCUCGCGGCCCCUCCCUCCCUUCCCCCGGGCUCCCCGGAGCUGCGGGCGGAGGAGCUUUGUGUGCGCCCGCGGGCCGGGGGCGAGCCUUGGGCGGCCCAACUUGACGGCGGCCGGCGGACUCCGGGGCGGGAGUGGUGAGGCGUGACCGGGAAGGGGGGCGUGGGUUCCCGGGCGGCGGGAGGGACCGAGCGAAGCGCGCCGGACAAUGAGCCGGGCAGCUCGGCGCUGCGGCCACUUUUAGGGGGCGCGGGCCUCCGCGGCUCCACCUGCGCGGAGAGGGCGGGAUGUCCGGGCCAGGUGUCCAGGCGCGCUAAGGCUCUCUCGCAGCCCGACGUUCCCGAGCCGGUUCUCGCCUUGACCACCCCGGGCUACCUGCAGCCUCCGGCUGGGACGCGCUUGGCCAGUGGCCCCCCCGGAGCAGCCGCGAUGGCCAGCACCAGGAGUAUCGAGCUGGAGCACUUUGAGGAACGGGACAAAAGGCCGCGGCCGGGGUCGCGGAGAGGGGCGCCCAGCUCCUCCGGGGGCAGCAGCAGCUCGGGCCCCAAAGGGAACGGGCUCAUCCCCAGCCCGGCGCACAGCGCCCACUGCAGCUUCUACCGCACGCGGACGCUGCAGGCCCUGAGCUCGGAGAAGAAGGCCAAGAAGGCGCGCUUCUACCGGAAUGGGGACCGCUACUUCAAGGGCCUGGUGUUUGCCAUCUCCAGCGAUCGCUUCCGGUCCUUCGACGCGCUGCUCAUGGAGCUCACCCGCUCCCUGUCGGACAACGUGAACCUGCCCCAGGGCGUCCGCACCAUCUACACCAUCGACGGCAGCCGGAAGGUCACCAGCCUGGACGAGCUGCUGGAAGGCGAGAGUUACGUAUGCGCGUCAAAUGAGCCAUUUCGUAAAGUGGACUACACCAAAAACGUUAAUCCGAACUGGUCCGUGAACAUCAAGGGUGGGGCCACCCGCUCGGCCCCUCCCUCCUCAGUGAAGAGCGAAGUAAAGGAAAGUAAAGAUUUCAUCAAGCCCAAAUUGGUGACUGUGAUUCGAAGUGGAGUGAAGCCUCGAAAAGCUGUGCGGAUCCUCCUGAAUAAGAAGACUGCUCACUCCUUCGAACAGGUCUUAACAGACAUCACCGAAGCCAUUAAGCUGGACUCGGGAGUGGUGAAGAGGCUCUGCACGCUGGACGGGAAGCAGGUUACUUGUCUACAAGACUUUUUUGGUGAUGAUGAUGUUUUUAUUGCAUGUGGACCUGAAAAAUUCCGUUAUGCCCAAGAUGACUUUGUCCUGGAUCACAGUGAGUGCCGUGUCUUGAAGUCUUCUUAUUCUCGCUCCUCAGCUGUUAAAUAUUCCGGAUCCAAGAGCCCUGGGCCUUCUCGACGCAGCAAGUCACCGGCUUCAGUAAAGAGGGGUGGCCACUACUCCAGUGCCUACUCUACAGCCAGAUCCCCAGUUAAUGGAACUCCCAGCAGCCAGCUUUCCACUCCUAAAUCGACGAAAUCCUCCAGCUCCUCUCCAACCAGCCCAGGAAGUUUCAGAGGACUAAAGCAGGUUUCUGCGCAUGGCCGAUCGUCUUCCAAUGUCAACGGAGGGCCUGAAAUUGAUCGUUGCAUGAGUCCUGAAGGUGUGGAUGGACACAGGUGCUCUGAGUCGUCGACUCUUCUUGAGAAAUACAAAAUUGGGAAAGUUAUUGGAGACGGCAAUUUUGCAGUCGUCAAAGAGUGCAUGGACAGGUCAACCGGAAAGGAGUUUGCCCUGAAGAUUAUAGACAAAGCCAAAUGUUGUGGAAAGGAACAUCUGAUUGAGAACGAAGUGUCGAUCCUGCGCAGGGUGAAACAUCCGAACAUCAUCAUGCUGAUUGAGGAGAUGGAGACCACCACUGAGCUCUUCCUGGUGAUGGAACUGGUCAAGGGUGGAGAUCUCUUCGAUGCAAUUACCUCUUCGACCAAGUACACGGAGAGGGAUGGGAGCGCCAUGGUGUACAACCUGGCCAAUGCCCUCAGAGUGACGGGAAUCACAUGCAGACAAUCUUGUGCAGACUGUGACAUUUUAAAAUCUAUACCAACCCUGCAGGUGUGCGAAUAUCCUGAUGGGACCAAGUCUCUGAAGCUGGGAGACUUCGGGCUGGCCACUGUGGUGGAAGGCCCACUGUACACUGUCUGCGGCACCCCGACUUACGUGGCCCCCGAAAUCAUUGCUGAAACCGGGCACGUACUGCAGUCCUGUGGCGGGUUCGUGGGAGUGGCCUCCUGUCUCUCCUCCCACCCGCUCUGUUUCCCCAGCUAUGGCCUGAAGGUGGACGUCUGGGCGGCUGGCGUGAUCACGUACAUACUGCUCUGUGGCUUCCCACCCUUCCGAAGUGAGAACAACCUCCAGGAAGAUCUCUUCGACCAGAUCUUGGCCGGGAAGCUGGAGUUCCCAGCCCCCUACUGGGACAACAUCACAGACUCGGCCAAGGAAUUAAUCAGUCAGAUGCUUCAGGUCAAUGUUGAAGCAAGGUGCACAGCAGGACAGAUCCUGAGUCACCCCUGGGUGUCCGAUGACGCCUCCCAGGAGAAUAAUAUGCAAGCUGAAGUAACAGGUAAACUCAAACAGCACUUUAAUAACGCGCUCCCCAAACAGAACAGCACGACCACCGGGGUCUCUGUUAUCAUGAUCUUCCUUCUAAAAUGUUUUUGAGGCAGCUUACCUAAAUCCAUAAACACAGCAAAUGGAAAACGGCAUUAAAGUACGUGAAGUAACAUGAAGGUAGGUCAGGGAGCGGGAGAAGAUGGCAGAAAAGAUAAAAGUGAGUCAGAAGUGUGGCCAGCAGCCCUCCCACCAGCUGUCCAGACCCGGGUCCUCGCUCCUGUGAGCCGUGAAGCUGGCCCCCGUGGGCCCCCUGCUGCCCCCACUGCUCAUAGGAUCGGGGAGCAGCAGGGGCUGCCUUCCCGGAGAGAGGCAGGCUUUCUCUGGAGGUGGGGACCCACAGCCGGACAGCGGGUGACGGGCCAUCCCCCUGCUCCAUCACUCUGGCCUCAGGAUGGACCUCCCCCUCUGGAAAGGCUGUUUUCCUCCCCGACUGGGAGGGAACAGUCACUUACUCUCGCAGCUCCUUGCACGUCCGAUCCUUCCCUUGGAGGCCUGGGUGCAGGUGGGAGCCGGGGUGAAGCCCGCUGCUCUGUCCCGGGGUGGGGGGCCCGUUCUCCAUCGUGGGGACCCCUUUCCUCCUCCCCUGCCGGGCUGCAGGCCCCCCGGCAGCUCUGGGUCAGACGAGCGGGAAGGCCUCUUGAGCUGUGGUUUUCCCGGGAUCUCAGUAGUGUCCCGCCGAAAGCCUGAGGCAGCGGGAGCUGUCACGGAGGGGCAGCUGAGACCCCGCGAGGAGAGCGCCCUGCCCGAGCCGCGGCGGAGAGCCUUCUCAGUGAGUCACUGCCGCCCGGGCUCGGGUCACAGCCCUGCCGCCAGGCAGCUCCUGGCGACAUCUAGAAAAACCUGAAGCAUCAAAAACUGCCACACUCACCACAUAAUAAAAAACCUUAAGAGUUAGCACACUUUAAUAACCACAGGUGAAUUAAGCUUCCUAGUCUCCUAGAGGAAGAAGCUUUAUAGGAUUUGUCCAGAGCUCAUGAGAGCUUCCCCCUGGGUCACCUGUUGACUCACAGCCCAGACGCAGGGCCUGUGGCCCACCAAGGUCUGGAACGAUUGGCCCCUUUGCCUUUUGGCCCAGUACAGGCUCUGUUCUGGAUGAGGAUAAUCCAGACCCUCUCAGAACCUAUGUCUUGGGGUUUACAAAUGGCUUUUUUCCAUUUGCUGAUGAAGUUCAAGCAUUCAGUGUCAAACUCCUGACCUUUAACAGGACGUUUGCUUGAAUGAACACUGCUUUAUUUGUGAGUCUGGCAGUGAUUGCGAGCAUUGUGUGUUCACGUGUGAUUAAGUGUCUUGUCGGGCAUGUUGGUGCGGCUCCAUCUCACCCCCCGUUCCCCACAUAACUCUGCAGCUCCUUAGCUCUGGGGAGGUGCUGGCUGACCCAUGAGAUCCAAAACCCAUGGGGGAGCCAGGAACACUUGUCUCCGGAGGGACCAGUUCUCCACGGCCAGAAAGCCAGCCUGGGAAUCUGGCUUGUCCCAUGUGGGCCUCCAUGGGGAGGGCAUCCAUCCUCACCCGACAGAGGCCUUGCCGGGAGUGGUUGCGUCCGGGCAGCUUGCAACGCUUCGAGUCAUCGGUCAUCUGCCCCAGCCCCCGCCCCUGACCACCACCACCUUCACCAUUACUGUGUGCCUGUGUGUCCUGCCCUUGGGAACAGUUUCAAAUGUUUUCUUAAAAAUCCUGAUUCACACAGCUCUUCCUGGUAUGUACCUGUUCUCAUAUCUGGGGCAUGUAAGGCUCAGGUGGUUUUCUGCUGUGUACAGUGUAUCAGUGUCCUGAGGCGGGACCCUCUGGUUGGGUUUGGUUCUCCUAGAACCCCCAGAAUGGGAGCCUGGGCUCCGGUGAGGAAACGGUAGGACAGGAAUGGUAGGUAACGGUGAGCAAGUGAAGCUGAUGCUGUGUCUGCAU